CGCGUUUUCUUUCCCGCCAUGUUCUUUGACCAAUCAUAUCGUAGAAUUGUUCUCACGUGAUUGCUGCAAGCACCGUAAUGGCCUACUCAUAUCGAUAGUACGGUGAAACGAUGUUUUCGAAAAUAUUUCGAUUUAAACAAAAAAAGCAAUUGAAAAAAGUCCACGUUUCUGACAGGUAAGAAAGAGUGCACCUUAAUAAAUCUGCUUGCGAAUUUUUAUAGAAAUCGGUCGCGUUUUUCGUAUAAAAUUCAUGUUGUAAACUUUGUAUUUUUAUUAUGGUAGUGAUGAUGAUUAUUGGUUGGAAGACUUCCAUUUAAUUGAAAGGUCUGUGCGAUGUAUUUUAUAAUCAGAUAUUUUAAAUAGAUCGUAUUUUAUAUGUUUUAUUAACUAUAAUAAAGUCAUGUUGUUUAUUAUGGUUAUUUCUUAUAAAAUACGGGUCGUAUGAAGGUUAUUUUAGAGAAUUAUUUUUGCUUGGAUAUAGUUGAUCAUUAUAGCCCUGUAUUUUUAUAUAAAUGCCUUGCGGUUAUAGUUGUUAUAAUUAAAUUAUUUUAACACCUUGUUUAAAACCUUACGGUACUAUGCAGUGCACGAAACGAAUAUAACAACUUUACAACUCGAAAAUUUACAUUAUAUACUGUUUCAAAUAGACUUUGUUUACAUCCUUAAUUCGCUUGCCUGUGGUCACCUGACAGGCAUGCUAAAAUCAUGAAAUAUUUUUGUUUCAAAUUUUGAACUUUAGAAUUGCCUCCGGGGUUCUGUCAAACCUGUCCAAGAUUGAAUCAUAUUAAAUUUGUCAUAAUCUUGUGAUUUUGGGAAUUUUGGAUGUUAAAGUUUAAAAAUUUUUUGGGGGUUAUGACAUAUAGCAUGUAUUAGUUAAUAUUUGUCCACAAAUAUCGCUACAUCAUCAUGUUUGAUUAAGGAUAUGCCAAGGGCACACACUCAUUCAUGUGACUGGUUUGAUGAGACAAGUUUGCACAUUGUGAGUGAUGAAACAUCCUUUGUAGACCACAGUCAAAAUUGUGGGUCUCAGGUUACAAUCGUCCUACUUGAAGGGUUAUAAAAUUCAGUAUUAGACUAGUACAAUAUCUCGUAAUUGUACAACUGUUUCAUUGUUCAUUAUUCAACUAAAUUUUGGACCAAAUCUCUCUUGAAACAAUAAAAAUACUUAACCAAUAUUUAUGGGAGAUAAUUAACUGUUAUAUUGAUACCUCACAGCAGUCUUAAAUUUUUCUUCAUUAACAUGAAAAUUCAUGUGAAUGUUUAUUCAUCCAGAGGGCUGCCGUGUCUCAAAAGAUCUCAAAUCCGUCUGCUGGUGUACAAAGAUCACGACAAGAGGGGCGACAAGUUUGUUUUGUUCGACUCCAAAACAGACGUACAGGAUGACACUACGGACAAGGUAUGUCUUGUUAGGUGCCAGUGCAUAGAUUGCGAGAAAUACAAUAUGCCAUUUUGAUAAAUACGUCAUAAAUUUCUCCUUGGCCCCAGAGCCUCAUAAUUAUGAGCCAAUCGCAUUUCACCUUGAUUCAGGAGAGUAUAUAUAGGGCUCCCACGCCAAGAAAGUAUUCAUGACGUAAUUAUUGAAAAGGUGUUGCUUGUGGGCUUGUGUGUAUGACAAAACUACCUUAAGUGUAGUUGUAUCAUUAGGAACAAACUAAUCUACAAUUUUUUCUAACCAAUGAUUUUAAACCCUCAAUAUGAUUAACCAUUGAGUGCCACAGCUCUCCUCUUGACGAUCAGUAAAAUCGUCUAGAGUUAAGGCUGUUUUCCACUUUCACCAUAUCAUAAUGAAACGUACUGGUGAGCAUGCUUAGAUUAAAAAAUAGAGGUGAGCAUGCUUAGAUUGGGUUGAUAAAUCUGCAUACUUCCGGGUGUAUUAUAUCAAAAUGAAAAAUUUGUCGCUUUUUGGUCAAUUUGAAGUAUUAUUAACCAAUCAACGUUUACUAGAUUCUCAAAUUUUUAAAAAAUUUUUAUAUGCUUCGGUAAGGUACACUUGAAGUGGAAAACGGCCUUUGGAAAUAAUAAAGUAGGGUGGAAAUUCAACCUGACGGGUUAACUAGAUGAUUGGGCACAUGGGCGUACCGGGCAGGGGGGCUGUCCCCCCCCCCAGUUUGUUGGGCAAACAAAGCCAGUCGGGCAAUUUGCGCUCCACAGUCGGGCAAUAUUGGCUUAUUAUAAAAAUAAAUGGGACAAAUUCUGUCAAUUUUGUAGGAAAUUCUGUCAAUUUUGUGGUCAAUUUUGUGAUGUCUGGAAAAAUUUUUGGCACUGGUCGGGCACAAUCCGAAAAAGUUGGGCAAAUUUCUUUUCGCCCCCCUAAUUUUUUCCUUCCGGAACGUCCAUGAUUGGGCAGAUAGUCUUGUUAACCCAUUGAGUCCCAGCACCUCCCCUGGAAUAAAACGGAGUGAAAUAAUAAAGUAGGGCGCAUCAGGUGCAAAUGCAACCUAAUGGGUUGUUAACAAGAUGCAGGGCUUUCCCAUUGACGAAGUAAAAUCGUCUGGCGUUAGAUAAGUAAAAAAAAAAUAAGUAGGGCACACUGGGGCGCAUUGUGGCUCAAUGGGUUAACCCGUUGAGUACCAGUGCUCUCCCUCUUGACAAGCUCAAUCAUCUUGAGUUAGACAGAGUGAAUUAUGGGUGCAUUAUGGUGCAAUGCAAUUUUACUUGCCAACAAAAUGGUUGAUUUCUUUAUUUUUAAAUCCAAAGCAGGGGAAUGGAGGUGGUCGACCUGCAAGGAAGCGUGUCAGCCCUGAUGUUCAACUGUUUGGAGAAAUGAUAUUUGGAUCAGUUGAAAUGACAUACAAGGGACCGACAGUCAAAGCUCAUUCUAUCAGGUAAACCAUUCAUAAAAUAUAUGAAAUAUGGCAGUUUAUGAUGCAUAUUGGUUGAAUUAAAAAAUCUAGGCAAUCUUUCAUCAUUUAAAUUACAAUUAAAAAUGUCGUUACUAAAAAAAUACUCAAUUUAAAAUGCAAUUUAUUAUAAACUUAUUGCUAUCAGAACUAAAUAAUUCAUCAUACAUUUUUGUAAUUAUUUUAGCUGUAUUUAUGAGCUCAACAUGGCACAAUAUAAGGGAGCCUAAAUGUUUAAGCCCUAGGCUUCAGCUUUUUUAGGCUUCCUUGUCACAAUUUCAUGCGUAUGCACUUAUAUACAAUGUACAUAAUUAAUGAUAUGAUUGUGACAGACCAAAUAAAAUUAUUAUUAUUAUUAAAGUAACUAUUUCUAUAAAUAAUUAACAAUUUUUGUAUAUAAAAUUAUAUCAUGCAUGUAUAAGUGAUUCAAGUAGUCAAUUGUAUAUAUCUAUAAAUGUUCUAUUAAUAAAUUUUUUAUUAUUAUUAUUAUUAUUAUCAUUAUUAUUCCAUGCAUGUAUAAGUGAUUCAAGUAGUCAAUUGUAGGUUACCUCAAGAAGUGAGAUUUACAAUUGUAUAUAUCUAUAAAUGUUCUAUUAAUAAAGUUUUCAUUAUUAUUAUUAUUAUUAUUAUUAUUCCAUGCAUGUAUAAGUGAUUCAAGUAGUCAAUUGUAGGUUACCUCAAGAAGUGAGAUUUACAAUUGUAUAUAUCUAUAAAUGUUCUAUUAAUAAAGUUUUCAUUAUUAUUAUUAUUAUUAUUAUUAUUAUUAUUAUUAUUAUUAUUAUUAUUACAUGCAUGUAUAAGUGAUUCAAGUAGUCAAUUGUAGGUUACCUCAAGAAGUGAGAUUUACAAUUGUAUAUAUCUAUAAAUGUUCUAUUAAUAAAGUUUUCAUUAUUAUUAUUAUUAUUAUUAUUAUUCCAUGCAUGUAUAAGUGAUUCAAGUAGUCAAUUGUAGGUUACCUCAAGAAGUGAGAUUUACAAUUGUAUAUAUCUAUAAAUGUUCUAUUAAUAAAGUUUUCAUUAUUAUUAUUAUUAUUAUUAUUAUUAUAGAGAAUAUUAAUUAACUAUAAUGUUGUUGUUUACUAGAACACCUCCACAGUUACUGCUGACCAAAGUAUUUGCACUGAAACCACCAAGAGCGUUACACCAUGGGGGCAGGUAUGUCAACAACACAUCUCUAAUAUGUCUCACUAACCCAUUGAGCACUUGGCAGCACUCUCUCCGUAGUGAUUAAAAUUGUCUGGUAUGAUAAAAUAGGGCGCAUUGGCUCCCAAAACAACUUAAAGGGUUAACCCAUUAAAUUGCAGUGCAUCCUGCUUUAUUAUUUUAUUCUUUCUAAUGCCAAACGAUUUCACUUCUCAAUGGGAGAGCGCUAGCAUCCAAUGGGUUAAUUAAAAUCUGAGGAAAGAAUCGAUUAAGUCUGUUUGAUAGGCAGGUACAAAUUUACCAGGGUUGUGGACUUUCCAAGAGGGUGCACCUGUUUAUUGCUAAGUAACAAUAAAUUUACCCUUCUGUGUAUUGCACCGACCCUUCAUGAUCUAGGUGGUCAACUGCAACUGCCUUCGUUCAGUUCGAGAACGCUCCCCCCCUUUGCACAUUGAUGUUUAAUGACGUACCUCUAUUCAUCAGUGGCAUACCGCAGCUAUGACACCUAGCUUCUGGCCAGUUUUUACUGACCUUUACAGUACGGUACUGAUAAUUUGCAUGCAAUCAAUUUUACUGACACAUUUUCUAAAAAGUGAGGUGUUGAACCCCCCCCCCCCACACACACACACACACACUCAUCCCCUGUUUGAUACGCCCAUGUCAUUCAUCUUUUGGGUGAUGCAGCUCCUCUUUUGUAGUAGCAUUGUUUUUUUGUAAUUCUUCAGUUAUCUUUUGUUUUAUAUUUAUAGCCACACAUCCAGUCAUUCCAAUAUGUCUAACUCUUUGUCAGAGUACAGUUCAAGUGUUUGUUUAAGUGAAUCAAUUUCAAGCGUUUCAUCUUUUACAUCUCCUGUCACCAGCUCAGGUAGUGUAAUGUCUACUGUAACUGUAUUUAUAAAAUGUAAAUGGUUUAUUAAACUACUUGUAGUUACAUUUAAGAACUAAAUUCACAUUUUUAUACACACUGCCACCAAGAUACACAUAUGAAAUGCCGGAUUUGGUAACGCCAGCUCUUUAAAUUGUAAUACUUAAUUUAGGACAUAAAGCCUCUUACACACUUUUUUAUACAGUAUAUAUAAUUGGCUUAUCAUGAUAAGAUAGUAGUUGAAGAAAUUUGUAAUGUGGCCAAAAAUUUUGAAAAUUUUGUUAUGUGCAUUAACUACAGUAUAUACCGCAAACAUAAUUUUUCAUAAAUUCAUGUCACUCCAGAUAACGAAGAGAGUACAAUUGUAGCAAAGUCGGUUCCAGUCUCUAGCAAUGUUGUAUCCUUUCCUCGGUCAAUUCAACUUCAAAAUAUUGCUGAAGGAUUUUCAAAUUCCACAUCAGGUAAAUCUAUAUAUUGUUUCUUCAGGUCAGUCAGCUAAUCUUCAGGUCAGUCAGUUAAUCAAAGUUAAUGGACCAUUUGCAUUAUAGACUAAAUUUGAUCUAGACAAGUCUAGACAAAAAUUUCAUCACAGCUUGAAAGAGCAUCACAAAAUUAGUAAUAUUCCAAAGUUUCGUUGCGAAAUGUUGUAAAAUGCAGAUAAUAUAUAGCCUUGCGGAAUUUGCCGUUUUUCAGUCAUUUUAACUUUGGAAUAUUACUAAUUUUCUGAUGCUCUUUCAAGCCGUGAUGAAAUUUUUGUCUAGAGCAAAAUUUAGUCUAUAAUGCAAAUGGUCCAUUAGACUAUCUGUCGAUACCCUAGAAAAAGAAGGCCUGUAAUAUCUGCCCAAUUGCAUCCCUUUAAGUCGCAAUGCACCCUGAUGUGCCCCAAUUUGUUAUUUUACUCCAUCUAAUGCCAGACAAUUUUACUUGUCAAUGGGAGAGCUUUAGAGUGCUGCUACCCAAUGUGUUAGGAAGAGAUUAUUUCGCUGGCCUCAGAGUGACAAAACGUAACAAAGCAACGGUUACUAACACUAACCCUAUUCCAAACACCAACUCUAACCCUAAUCCAAACACCAACUCUAACCCUAAUCCUUACCCUACCCCUAACCUAACCCUACUCCAAAUUUGUUUCUAAAUCAAUCUUGAAGAAAAAGGUUUUGACGAAAUGUCACUCAGAGGUCAGCAAAAUAACUUCUUCCAAUGAGUUAAAGUGACUACUACUUUAACAUAUGUUAUGACAUAUCCAAAUUUUAAAAUGUUCAAAAAGUUUCAUUAUACGUACCCUGUAGUUUCCUCAGUGGACACCAGCCGUUCUCUGACAUUUCCACGAACGUCAUCAAGCAGUUACCAGAGGCGUUGGCUACGCAGUCAGGAGACUCGCAUGGAAUAUGGAUGUAGGAGACGAAAUGAAUAUUUUAGUGAAGAGGUACAUGUACUAUUUUGUACCUUUAUUUUUUUAUUUUUUAUGAGCUGUGCAGUUCCAGAAAUUUCAUCUCGGAUCCAGUUCCUGUUUUUUGGGGGUUGGAAGAAGAACCUUGGUUUCGGUUUUGGUAUUUUCAAAAGAAGAGCAAUUCAAAGCAUUUGCUCAAUAAAUUGUAAUGUUUGGUACCGACUUAUGGACCGACCAAAUAUUUUGGUUAACUGCUCAGCUUUAUUUUAUAUUGGAUGUUUCAGUCAGUUCUGAACUUCUGAUUAUGUGAUAAAUUACUGUAGACCAUUUUAAACAACCCUUUCCUCUCUUUAUUUUAUCAGAUGUCCAUGCGGUUGCGACGUCGACCAAAAAUUGGCAUUGGAAUUUUGUUCUCCCUUUGGGAAGGCAAAAGCACAUCCGAAGAAAAUAAUAGGUAUAUAUUUUUUGAACUAGUGGUGCUGCCUUGAAGACUGAUAACAAACUUUGAAUAGCUCUGACAUUUAAAAGUAAUAUAUAAAUUUAAUACCCCUUCCCCUUGCACCUGAAGGGUCCUUGCACACCCCUGUCCACUCCCACCCGCUAUAAAUACACCAAUGACCAUUAUUGUAUCACACAUUCCCACAUAAUUAAACCACUCAUUUGUUUUUUCUUUAGGCUAUUUCAAAAUUUCGUUUUUUCUCACUUUCCCCUAUUCGAGUCUCAUGUUCAUCGCUUGAAACGAAUGGUCGAGAAGGCAUUGUUGUCCUCAGUUCAAAUGUCUGGGAAAUCUUUUCAGGAUGCUCUUCUUAAUGUAUGUGCUUUUACAACGAUCUCUUCUACAGUACUGUAUAAAUGUUAUUGAUGUAAAGUUAAUGCUUCUGCCUUUCACUGUUAGUUUAGUUUAGGUUUCCUCCUGUAGUAAUACCGGAUCAAUAAGAGAUGAUUCUUACUGGACCUCUAGAAAGUACAGUUUAGAACUGAUAGAGCUAUCCACUAUAAAUAAAGUUAGUUCAGUUUAGGUUUCCUCCUGCAUGUACAGUAGUAACACUGGAUCAAUAAGAGAUGUCCCUUACUGGACCUAUAGAAAGAACUUUUCAGAACUGAUAGAGCUAUCCAGUAUAGUUUAGUAGUUUAGGUCUCCUCCUGUAUUAACACUGAAUCAAUAAGGGAUGAGAUCCUUACUGGAAAUAAAUAAAGUUAUAAAGAGAUGAUCCUUAUUGGAGCUCUAUGGAGAACAGUUUAGAACUGAUAGAGCUAAGAGAUUGCUCUUACUGGACCUCAAGGAAGAACAGAUUAGAACUGGUAGAGCUAUCCAGUAUAAGUAAAGUUUAGUUUCCGUUUCCUCCUGUAGUAACAUUGGAUCAAUAAGCAGAGCCGUAAUGAAGAGGAUAGAGGAAGGGGAUGUAGUAUCAGUUUUGCUUGCCGACAACAUUUCUCUCGCUAAUUAAUCUUUUUCCCCGAAAUUGUUGGCGAGCGGAAACGAUUUGCCGAUAAAACCUUUAUUUUGCUGAAAAGACGUUUUCAGGUAGGGUUUCACACACCCCUAUAGCUACAACCCUGUCAAUAAGAACGAUCCUUACUGGAAUUUCAUUCAGUUAAAUCUUUUCUUUACCACGUUUUAGGCAGCAAACACAUUCGCAACUAAUAUUCUCAAUUUGUACUAUGCUCCCAGAAUUAGGGUAAGUUCACAUAUUACACAAAAGACAACAUCAGCUAAUAUUUGUUCGUAUCCAAUUCACCACUUUGUAAAAUUUGCAUGCUUUAGUUACUAACAAAUUAAAGUAACCAAACAUUAAAAUCUCCCAUUAUAUAUUAUGAGUAAGUAAUUUGUGUAGAAAAUUCUAAUAUCACUAGAUUACCUCUGUUCUAUUCUAUGCUUUUGUAAACUGAAACAAGCUAGCCAUGUGAGCUACAGGGUAUCUAAAAUUUUGAAUCUGGUAUAAACAAGUGCUAGAAUAUUUCAAACAUGAAUUAAGUCAAACAUAAUACUUUGUUGAAAUUUCAGAAUCCAGUAUGGCUGACAAUGUUAUCUCAACCGGACCAAUGUAAUACAAUAUGCGAUGACUUCGUGCCCCAACUUGUCAACGCCAUUGAAUUAUAUAAUACGAAACAAACUAAUCAGUAAGUAGCUUUUGUCAGGUUAGAGUUGCCGGAAUGUGUUGAUAGUUGUAUUGUUGGUGCAAAUCACAGGAAAAAAACCAAUUUAUUAAUAUUCCAAUGACGGUAAAAGUUCAGUUUAAUAAUGGUUUCAACAUGACAGGGCUCGAAAUAACGUUCGCAACGUUCCCGAUCAUGGUGAUCGGCAAUGAGGACUUUUUGCCGAUCAAAUAAAAAUCUGGCCGAUCAGGAGCAUUUACCCUCAUUUCCUUCAAGAAAUUCUAAAUAUGCCAGUGGGCAUUGAAUACACAUUUGAAGUUUAACUUUAUUUCAAAUUGAAGUUUAAAUCUAUGACAUUUGUGGACUUAUAUAUACCCUACUAAUAGUGUAACUAUAUUUAACUAGGGCUUAAUAAACUUUAUUUUAUUAUAACACUUUAGUUUAACACACAGUUUUAAUUAUACCAUUGCAUUUUUUCACACAAAAGCAAGAAACACAGCAGCAUUAUCAAUUAAGAACUAAAACUUAUUAUUUUAUAUUAAAAGAGAAAAUCUUACUAAAAAUAAAAAAUCCUACUCAAAAAAUCCUAUGAAUUUGAAAUUAUUAUACAAAGAUACGUUCGUCGUCAGCGGUUCGGAUUGCAAACUGUACUGUUGAAAAGACGACAAUAUUUCGUGUAAAUUUGUUUUAAUAAAAGUAAAUUAAUUACUUCAGAGCGAGAAUAGUAUUGCUGCCUUUCCUGUCGUAUGACUCGUAUCAACUAUACAAGCAACCUCGUUCCCAGGCUCUUUGCUCUUGUGAAGCACAAGAGCAAAGAGCCUGGGAACGAGGUUGCUAUACAAGAGCUUUUCGCGUGUUUUUAAAUGUGUUUUAUGUUUACUUUUAUUUGUCUUUUACCGUGUACAGGUAAGCAUGUCUUUUAGACAAUCCUCAAAUAUAUUUCUUGCCGAUCAAGGUGAACGGCAACGUUGAUUCUUCACCGAUCAAAAACAAUUUCCUGCCGAUCAUUGAUCGUUGAUCGGCCGUUAUUUCGAGCCCUGACAUGAUAAAUCUUUUAAAAAAAACUCAAUAUUGGAAAAUAGAUUUUUAGUUUUUUUUAAAUUUUCUCUGUGGUAACACUGCAUUACAAAUUCUACUUUAGUUUCUUGUCUUCGCUGUUGACUGCUGUGAUGACGUAUCAUGUUGCCUGGGUAACGACAGUGACGCCAUCAUCUGACGUUGCAAGGCGAGCGUACCUGGACAAACAUUUGUCAGAAUCUGUAAGUUGUGUGGAUAUUUUUUAGUAUAAUAUGUUCCUUUCUGAAAGCACGUCACUUUGGCUACAGAGCCUCGUUUUCGUGAGAGAAAUGUUGAGUUUAACUUUUGUUAACGAAAGGCUGUUUAGCCAAGUUGACAUACUUUCCGAAAGUGUGUAUUGUAUUUAUUUAGUUCAAAAUUCCAGAAAAUAAGUGACAUUUUUUUCUCACUCUGGUAACUGCCAGUUAUUAUUAUUAUUAUUAUUAUUAUUAUUAUUAUUAUUAUUAUUAUUAUUAUUAUUAUUAUUAUUAUUAUUAUUAUUAUUAUUAUUUAAACAUUUUAUUUAAAGGAUUGUUUGGUUUUAAAAAAACAAACUUAGAACAAAAUGACAUUUUUUUAAUAUUAUCAGUAUAGACCAAAACAUAUAUUUCUUUUAUAUAUUGAAUUUUAAUCUUAACUUAAUAACUUUGUACAAUUUUAUCGAGCUUCUAAACAAUUAAAUUAUUAUUAUUAUUAUUAUUAUUAUUUAUUAUUUAUUACUUAGAAAACUUUAUUUAAAGAAGGUUAAUUACAAGGAAAUAUGCCAGUUUAGCUUUCGCUAAUCUUCCACUGGACCUUCUAAAGUUAACUAUACAAUUAAAUAUAUUUACAUGCAGUACAAUUUACAUUUCUACAGACUACAGUAUUCAUCAUUACAUAAAGUACAUAUCGAUAUAGGUAUAACAAAUUAGAAUUAACAUACACUGUACAUCUUACGAGUUAUUUUUAUACAUAUCCAUAAACAAUUACGCUUGAAUGCUUGAAAUGAGCUGAAAAAUCUAAUAUCUGGUGGCAACAUAUUAUAAAAAUAUGCUCCAGUGUACCGAAGUCCGCUCCUGGUGAUUGUCAGUUGGUCACCAUCUGUCGUACAAAAGGGUGGUACUAAGUUAACAUACAAAUGUCGCGCCAGAGAAUUGACUGAGUGCUUACUUGGGAGUUUUAUUUUUAAGCUUAACGUCCUUGGUGAAUCCCAUCCAUACAAUCCAUUGUGGGCUCAGUUGAGGUAAGAUAUUUCUAAGAAGCCCUCUAGGGAGAACAGUUAGAGUUAUCCAGUAUAAAUAGAUUAAUUUAGUUUAGGAUUCCUAACUUUACUUAAUUCUGAGUACAUGUACGUGUAAUACUGAACCAACAAGAGAUGAUCCUUACUGAACCUCUAGGAAGAACAAUUUAGAACUGAUAGAGCUAUCCAGUAUAAAAAAAGUUAGUUUAGUUUAGGUUCCUCCUGUAGUAACACUGGAUCAAUAAGAGAUGGUCCUUACUGAACCUCUAGGAAGAACAGUUUAGAACUGAUAGAGCUAUCCAGUAUAAAAAAAGUUAGUUUAGUUUAGGUUCCUCCUGUAGUAACACUGGAUCAAUAAGAGACCCUCUUAUUGAACAGUUUGGAACUAAUAGAGAUAUCCAGUAUAAAUAAAAUUCGGUAGUUUAGGUCCUCCUGCAGUACCCCUGGAUCAACAAGAGAUGAUCCUUACUGGAGCUCUAGGGAGAACAGUUUAGAACUGACAGGGCUAUCCAUGCAGUACAAAUAAAGUCAAUGUUGUGUUUUAUUUAUUUGUUUGUUGUUUUUUUUAACUAGUGAACUCUACGGUGCUUGCGGUGCACCAGCAAAAAUGGCACGAACAGUGAUUAUCGGUCAAGACCAACAAAUUGUCACCAUCAUUCUUCAUAUACUAUCAUACUUUAUACGCUGUAGUGAGGUCUUUGAACAGCCACUGGAACAAUCACCUAAAAAUCUUAAUUCAUAUCUCAAAUCUUUGGAAACCCAAUUAGAAGCGGACGAAAUCGACACGCAAGUGAAAUCGAGGUGUGAUACUAUUAGCGAAAACUCCGACGAUUUAUCGACAGGAUCUGUAAGAUCCAACAAAGAAUCAAAGUUCGGCAAAAAUUCUCAAGUUUUAUCACAGAAUUCGAAGAGUUACUUGCGAGACGCUGAAAUGGCUUCCGAAAAUUUGGUGGCGAACUCUACUGAUGAUUUUGAGAAAUGUGAAGUAGUCUCACAUUGCCCUGAGAUAAAUUUGGAAAAUUCUAACUGUUCUGAAACGAAGUUAACAGUAGAAAAUGUUGAUUCUUGUGGCGAAGAUUCAGGUAUUUGUUCAAUAGACUUGGAUAGUUCUGUGGAAAUACCAAAAAAUGAUGUGAAGAAUUGUGUUAAUUGUGGUUUUCAAGAAUGCGAGAAAGAGCCAAAGAACUCUGUAGAAAAUUCUGAGAAUUGUUCACAAAAUUCUGAAAAUUGUUCGCAAAAUUCUACAAUUUGUACAACGGAUGCUGAAAAUUUCUUGCAAGAUUCGAAUAAUUGUGUAAACGAUUCUAUAAAUUCUACACCAGAUUCGGGAAGAUGUUCGCAAAAUUCUGAAAAUUGUGUACAAAACUCUACUAGUUCUGGAAGAGAUUUAGAAACAAGUAUUAAAGAUGGCAAAUAUAUUUCAAAAAAAUGCGAGAAGUGUUUUGAAAAUUGCCAGAAUUGUACUGAAAAUUCAAGGGAGAAAAUUCAGCAAAAAUCUCGGUCGAAUUCAAAAGAUAAAUUAUGCGAAGAAUGUGAUAACCUUACCAUUCCUGUUCCAAAUCGGACUUCGUGUGGUGUUAUUUUAGAGAGAAAUACAGAAUUAUGUAAUUGUAAUGGCGUAUUUAACGGACACAGUAAGGAACACAAACUUUGGAAAUCAUUUCUGAGAACAUCUUGCUGCCACAAGGAUUCUCGUAACUUAACCAGACGAUGCUUAUCAGCAAAUUCUGUUGACGAAAAUGUAAAUUCUAGAACAAAACUAACUCGCAGAUACAGUUCGGAAAAAGGCUCAGACUAUGACAGCGGAUCUAAACUUUGUGUUCAAAACGAUGGGAAAAUUUUGUCGCUGGAUCGACAAAGUAUUCUAGACAUGUUUUUGACCUCCUAUCCUUUAUGUCCGGUUUGCAAAGGACAGUUAAAUUUUGUCGAUCAAGAUUUUGUAAAAGAUCCGAAGAUUUUGCGUAGUCCAUCUUCAGGCUGUUUGUGUCAAGAUUGUGAAAAAGUAAAAUCGUGUGCUUGUCAAGUUGUUGAUACCGAUUUGGACAAGAACGAACGAUGUGCUUCGUCUAUUACAGUGAAUUCGGACGAUUAUUCAAGCGGGAUUUCGUUGCAAUCUUCCGAAGCGGAACGAUGUUCCCUGAGUAGCUUGUCUGUCGAUUCGGACUUAAAUGAACAGUGUUUGCUGUCAAGUGAAAAUUUGGUUGAUAAUGAGGACCAGGCUUUUACGUUGGAGUUACCUGAGGCUCAGUAAGUAAUAGGAAGACCAUUAUAAGAUUAUGGGAGGAUUUUCAGAGCAAAGGCUCUGCGGGGGAGAGGGUGCCAAACAUUUAGGGCGGGGAGAUGAGCGACACGGCACACCAAACAAGCUCCAGCAGGGUCUGGGGGCACAGUUGCUAAUGGGGGUAUAAAGGCCCCCAGGAAAUUUUAAGAUUUUGGUCUCAUUUAGUGCAAAACCCUUGUUUUUAGUCCUACUUAUUUAGUCUACCGUCAUUUAAUCCAACGAGCGAUUACAUUUCUGGGGGUGCAAGUUUCUCUAGGUUGGGUGGGAAAACAUUCUGAGUGGGGGUAAGAUCUUUUUUUGAGGUGCACACCCCCUCAUGCACCCCCUAGAAAAUCCAUCUAUGGGUGAAAUCACGUAUAUAAGCCCUGUUUAAACGUCAAAGCUCACAUGAACAGAUCUUUUUUGCUCUUUGAGUCGGCCUGAGGUCGAGCUAAAUCUGACUUGAUUCAGACGUUGUUGAUCUUAAAGUUAGAAUCAAGAAAACUAAUACAGUGUUUUAUUUGUUUCUAGACUUGAUGAAAACUUUACAGAAGAUGAUAUGUCUUGCAAGAAGUAAGUUUGUUUGUGUUAAUUCUUCUUUAACUUAAAGUGUCACGCACUUAUGCAAUCAGAGGCAUAGCCCCCCCCCCCCCCCCACCACCAAAUCUGGGACUUUCAGAUUAUCAUAAAAUGUGUCUAAAAUGGUUGAAAUAAUGUUUCGCAGAAAUAAUGAAAUAAUUUUUUCAGGGGGAUCAUGCACCCACAUGGACAGGUGAUUGGACACCCCUUUCCCAUUUGUUUGGUGCUGGCUACGCCCCUGUAUGCAAUCACGUACCUCUGACUCUGCCUCAUAAACUAUGUCUAAUAUGCCAAAUAAUUUCCUUAGAUCAAUUAGAUUAAUAAAUCACAGAUUAAAUCUAUUGUAUGUUUUCGUUCUUUCCCCUUAGCUCUCAAGACUGUCAGCUCUUUAGUUUUGGAAGAUCGCUCAUGGCCGGGUAAGCUUAAAGUCUAGUAACAUAGUAGUAUACCUUAUGUCAUCUUUAUUACAACGACAUAUUUUCUGUCUUUCAGAUAUUGUGAUCAGUAUGUACCAGAUUUUGUUCUCCAUGGUACCGUCCACUGUACAGAAGAACAGGUGAAGCAGAGCAUGCAGAUCUCCCUUGAAGUAAGCCAAUAUUUUUAACAAAGACAUUUAAAAGGGAUGUAGAACUGAUAGAGCAAUCCACUAUAAAUAAAGUUAGUUUAGUUUAGGUUUCCUCCUGUAGUAACACUGGAUCAAUAAGAGGUGAUCUUUACUGGACCUCUAGGGAGAACAGUUUAGAACUGAUAGAGCUAUCCAGUAUAAAUAAAGUUAGUUUAGUUUAGGUUUCCUCCUGUAGUAACACUGGAUCAAUAAGAGAUGAUCUUUACUGGACCUCUAAGGAGAACAGUUCAGAACUGAUAGAGCGAUCCAGUGUAAAUAAAGUUAGUUUAGUUUAGGUUUCCUUCUGUAGUAACACUGGAUCUCCAGGGAGAACAGUUAAGAUCUGAUAGAUCUAUCCAGUAUACAGUAAAUAAAGGCUGUUUAUAGUUUCGUCCUGCAGUAACACAGGACCGAUAAGAGAUUGCCCUUACUCGACUUCGAGGAAGAACAGUUUAGAAAUGAUAGAAAUAUCAAGUAUAAAUAUAGAAAAUUUAGUUUAUCAGGUUUUAAAUCCUGAUUUUUUUAAACUUUUUGUGAACUUUAGCAACCAGUUGUGGACAGUCCAAUAUCCGAAUCUGUUAUCAUCACUGGAGACACAAAUAAAUGGUUAGUAUUUCACUUUUAUAUACACCUUGUAAUAUUAGUUUAAACCUUAUUCAUGUUUACUUCAUUUCACCAGGGAAUGCACGAUCAAGACACUGCCAAAGCAGAGAAGAAGCAUAGGGUAAUUAAGAUUUAAAUAAUUGUGUAGUAAAUUAAGUGGUUGCCUUUGGUCCCCCUUUGACGAGAAAGAUUAUCUGACGUUAUACAGAGUAAAAUAAUAAAGUAGGGCGCAAUACAUGUUAAUGGGUUAAUAUAUCAUCAAUAAUUGAUUAAUCAAUACUGUAUAUCAGCUAAGAAAUUAUUGUUCUACUUUUGAUAGAAAUCAUCCCAGCGGAGUUCGCGUGAAGAAAGUAGAACGUUCAACAUUGGUUCACAAUUUCCUCACAUCAUUUUGUGAUCUCUGGGAACUCAACAUGCCUGCUAGUUUUGUAAGGAAGCUAAACUAACUUUAUUUAUACUGGAUAGCUCUAUCAGUUCUAAACUGUUCUCCAUAGAGGUCCAGUAAGGAUUAUCUCUUAUUGAUUCAGUGUUACUACAGGAGGAAACCUAAACUAAACUAACUUUAUUUAUACUGGAUAGCUCUAUCAGAUCUAAACUGUUCUCCAUAGAGGUCCAGUAAGGAUUAUCUCUUAUUGAUUCAGUGUUACUACAGGAGGAAACCUAAACCAAACUAACUUUAUUGAUACUGGAUAGCUCUAUCAGAUCUAAACUGUUCUGCCUAGAGGUCCAGUAAGGAUCAUCUCUUAUUGAUCCAGUGUUACUACAGGAGGAAACCUAAACUAACUUUAUUUAUACUGGAUAGCUCUAUCAGUUCCAAACUGUUCUCCCUAGAGGUCCAGUAAGGAUCAUCUCUUAUUGAUCCAAUGUUACUACAGGAGGAAACCUAAACUAACUUUAUUUAUACUGGACAGCUCUAUCAGUUCCAAACUGUUCUCCCUAGAGGUCCAGUAAGGAUCAUCUCUUAUUGAUCCAAUGUUACUACAGGAGGAAACCUAAACUAACUUUAUUUAUAUUGGACAACUCUAUCAGUUCCAAACUGUUCUUCCUAGAGGUCCAGUAAGGAUCAUCUCUUAUUGAUCCAAUGUUACUACAGGAGGAAACCUAAACUAACUUUAUUUAUACUGGACAGCUCUAUCAGUUCCAAACUGUUCUCCCUAGAGGUCCAGUAAGGAUCAUCUCUUAUUGAUCCAAUGUUAUUACAGAAAAAUGUUUCAAUAUUCAACUAACAGCAGUCAGGAACAUGUGGUUGAUGUAAAAUUAUAAUCAGACAACUGCGUAUUGAACGAACCAAGCCACGGCCACAGUGCCACUGAAACCACACCAACACCUAUUGAAAACUCAUGUAGAUAAUUUUGUUUUCAGUGUUUGAUGCAUCUUGAGGACAAGAUGAAAGAAUUAUAUUUAAGAAGCAAGGUACUUUUAUUUUGUUAAGGUUACAGGACACCGUUUUUGGCGUUUUGCGGAAAAUCGCUACUGCGCGCUCAAUAUCAGUCCGAUUUUCAUCAAAUUUUCACCAAAUGUUCUCCAGUGCAUGCAAAAUAUGGUAAAGUUGUAAAAUUAACAAACAAUAAAAUAAUGUAAAAAUUAUUCAGGAAAAUCUUAAAUCGCGGUACCUUUACGCUUUUGAGUUGUGCUCCUGCUGGUUUUAAGUUAUAUUUAUGAAAAUAUCAUUUUUAUACAGUAAAAUAGUUGUUCUAAAAAAUUGUGUUCGGAAAUUUUUGUUUAUUUCGUCAUUCCGCUGAUAUGGCGAUUUCUUUGACGACUGCAAUAUAUUUCUGAAUUGUUUGAGUGAAUUGCUCUUUAUUUUUAAAAUAUCCAAAAUUUAAAAAAAGCCGAAAACAAUUUUGAAACUGACAUAUUUAGCUAUGUCCUGUGAAAAUUUGAGAAAAAUUGGUUAAAACCCGCAGGAGCAUAACUCGUUUGAAAAUCAGUAAUUACCGUAAAAUUUUUCGUGAGAAAAUUGAAUUUGAAUAUUACAUUUUCAAUGUUUUUCUUAUUGCAGCGAAAUGUAUUUUACUAAAUAACUCAGCGAGUUUUCAAAAUUUUCCGUUCAAACUUGGUCAGAUAGUAGAACUAGUCUAAUGCUUUCAUUGAAACCAAUAAAAAAAUUUUAGGCAAAAUUAACACUCAAAGGUGUUCUGUAACCUUAAGCCAAUAUAACUAUGGUCUGGUACAGUACUUCUGUUUUUUUAGGCAAGUACCACAUAGGUAUGCAGUACUCUCGCUAUCCAUGUAUAGUAAUGUAUAAUCCACUUGUUUAUUCAGGAGAGUAGCCAGCCCCAAGUGAGUGGGAGCUAGGUCUAAUUAUCCGGCCAUCUGGGGACAUGGUCCACUGGAUGUAUGCUAUUUCAUGCAGUUUAGACAUGUUUUAUGAUAAAAACAUUCAGAAUUAUACCCCCCCCCCCCCAGUUUAUCAGUUUUGAAAAGAAUUACAGUACACAAUUGGUCUCUACAUGUACCUCUGUGUUUAUUGUCUGUAGGCGGGCAACAUUAGCAAAAUUUGCAUACCAGUGGUUAAAUGAUUUGUCUUUUGUUAGGUUGUUUCCGAGUACUUGUUGACACAGAAGUAUGUAACGAUGAGAGAUCUCAUGUCAACAUUUGGGUAAGAUUGCAUUUUGUUUAACCUUUGAGUGGCAAUGCGCCCUACUUUAUUAUUUUACUCUGUCUAACGCCAGACAAUUUAACUUUUCUGAUGGAGAGUGCUGCUGUCACCACGCAAUGGGUUAAUGAGACUGCUCUGCACAUGCAUCCUGUUAACCCUUUGAGUGGCAAUGCACCCUACUUUAUUAUUUUAUUCUGUCUAAUGCCAGACGAUUUUACUCGUCAGGGGCCGGUUGUUCAAAGCUGGGUUAGCUUAACCCUGGGUUAACCUAAAAUUCGAAGAACACUUCCUCACAGCUUGUCUAUAAAUUUGGAAAUAUUUCUUCAGAGAUCUUGUCUGGAUCGAUAAGAGUUUACUUCUCUGAAGUUUUGAAAUAAACGGAUGUGCAGAAAUACUGUACGUACGUAAACUAAAACAGUUGGUUAAAUUUUAACACAGGGUUAGCGCUAACCCACCUUUGAACAACCGGCCCCAGGGGGAGAGUGGGAGGACAGUGUUGCCACUCAAAUUGGGUCGAUGUUGCAUUGUUUAGCCCAUUAAGUUGCAUUGUGCCCUAAUAUGCUCUAAUUUGACUCUGGCACAGGUGCUCAAUGGUUUAGUCAUGAAAAAUUAGAUUUAUUUGCCAUAUUAGACCUAACAUACCAGUACAUAAUUUGCCACAGGUUUCCUAAUACAGGGACCUCUCAUCUAUUGGACCUUUCCCCUUAUAACUAAAAUUUCGAUCUAGACAAAAAUUUCAUCACAGCUUGAAAGAGAAUCAUAAAAUUAGUAAUAUUCCAAAGUUUUGUUGCAAAAUCUUGUAAAAUGCGGAUAAUAUAGCCUUGCGAAGUUUGCCGUUUUUCAGUCGUUUUGUAUUACAAACGGGAAAUUGACAUCCGAUUCGGGUGUUGGGGCUGCAAUUUCCCGUUUGUAAUGCAAAAUGACUGAAAAUUGCAAACUUCGUAAGGCUCUAUUUUCCUCAUUUUACAACAUUUCGCAACGAAACUUUGGAAUAUUACUAAUUUUGUGAUGCUCUUUCAAGCUGUGAUGAAAUAUUUGUAUAGACUUGCCUAGAUCAAAAUUUUGGUUAUAAGGGGAAAGGUCUAUUGGCCAUUUCCAAAACCUUGACAUAUGGGCACAUCUUAAAUAUACCACAAUGAACAAUGUGGACACAUUUUAAAUGUAAUCACAAUGUAUCAAGUAAGACCGUGGCCAGGCAUAUUUUUCAAGCUUGCCUAGUGCGGUUAUACACUCAGAGUAACAUCACAAGCAUCAUAUUCACCUGAGUACAUUACACCAACACAAAAGAAAAAUUAAGUAAGAUCUUUCGAAAACACAUACUUCUCUUAAAGACAGCUCCAAUACAACUGUAAUAAAUUUAAAAGUUACUAGUGUUAUACAUUUAUUAUAGAAUUCUGACGGUGCAAUCUGUGAAUCUUGGUCCUGUUCUUUAUCGAAAAAUUUAAACCUUUCUAACCCAGAUUUUGUGAUUACUUUUUAGCUAUGGUGAAUGCGAUUUGGCAUUAAUAAUGAGCAUCAUUGGUGUGCACUCCCCCCUGGCUAUCUCGCGUAUACCACUACCCUGAUCGAUCACAGGUAAGGAAAGUCAGGGGGGUGUUUUCUAUGCUUUUGACCUAGCGAUUUGACCUAAAAAUUUCUUCCAGAGCUUAUUACAUAGUAUUUAUCGUCUAACUGGCCAAUUUCUCCCAGUGUUUUUAUCUAUGGUCCUGCCUGUGGUCCCCCCUUUCCAUUUGGCAUUUGAUCCAAAUUUUUCGAAAGUGUUUGUUUUGAUCAGGGAAAUGAUUUUCGACAUGCAAUAGUUUUCCAGUAGUUUUCCGCGAUCGGAUCGGAUUUGCAGAAGACUUUCAGGUAAUUUUCAGGGCAUGAGAAAGUGAAUUUGGGAAAAUAACUGUAUAAGGGGAAAAUUAAGAUAUAUCCGAAAUUUUUUUUUGUAUUUUUGGAAAAAUUAUAAAAUAUUCGCAAAAAUCUUUGUAUAUUCAAAAUAUUUUUGUAUGUCAGGAAAAAUUUUCGGUGACCCCCCCCCCCAACAAUUUUUGGGAGAAAUAUUAAUUAGCGACUAAAAUCAGGUAAAAACAAUAAUUUUUGUAACUUCAGGUAAAUCUAACCUCACAUACCAACUGAGGCAAAGUCCUCGCAACGGCACUGCACUUGGGAAAUCACUCAUACGGGGACUCACAGACAAAGGUAUAUUGAUAAUGGUCAUAUUUCAAAGCUAUCGUUCCUGCCAUUUCUACACUGUCAUCUGAACGCUUAACUAUCUAAAUCUGGUCAUACCGCAUCAGUGAAAAAGGUACACUUUUAGCAAACAUACUUAUUUAAUCUACUUUUUUAAAAAUAUACAUAGUGUUUCCUAGCAAAUAUUGUUAUCAGCGGAUGUCUAUACUGUAUAGAAACUAAUUUAAUAUAAUUAAAUUAAUUUUAUAAUUUAAGUUCCACCUUUGCGACGCAGUAAAUAAGGCCAAAAAAAAAUAUGUGGGUUUCCGGUUUCCCGACCCUACCUAGCUUUUGGACGUCGAAAUCCCGACCCUAAACUUUUUUAUUGGAUCAUGCUUGUAAGUGUUUCCACUUAGAGGAAAAAGUUUGUGGAACAUUGAAAUUUGAGGAAAUAUUAGGGAAAUUUAUCUUUGGAUGUGGAAGCACUGACUAAACAAAAUGGUGUCCGCUUGUUCGGAAAAUUAAAAAAAAAAGUUUAAAAAAAAAAGUUAAAACCGACCUACCCUACCUAAGUUUUUAUAAGAAGAAACCGGAAACCCACAUAUUUUUUUUUGGCCUAAUAGAGGCGUGCAAAUCCGAUCGGAUUCGUUCGGAUUUCGGAACCAAAAUAUUCAUAUCGGAUCGGAUUGAUAAAGUUGUUUCGCAGUCGGAUCGUAUCGGACUUCGAUAUCCAAAAUAAAAUGAAUUAAUUAUCCACGCACUAUCGCAAGAAUUAAUUAUCCAUGCAUUUAUCAUGCAUUUAUCGCGGUUGUCGCUACAUUUUUAGUUUGAUACUUCAAUUGGACGUAACUUUGUCAGUUUCUUGACAUGUAUUUCUUGCUUUUAUAUUUAUUUGGUUAAAUAUUUCAACUUGAAUGAGAAAUCUAUUUUAUUAAAGAAUUCUUCGGAUCGGAUUGGAAUUCUUUAUUAAAACUCGGAUCGGAUUCGGAUUGGACAAUUUCGGAUCGGAUCGGAUUUUAAACAUUAGCCAACUGUCGGAUUAUAAACGUUCAAUCCGAUCCGAUGCACACCUCCAGUAAAUAAUCCACAUUUUGGUCAGAGUCGGUGACACUGUAAUAUUUAUAAUUAGAAACUCUUCUAGAUUAUUAAAACAGAAAUAAAUGUUUUAAAAACAAAUAUUUUUCAAAAAUUCACCACCUUACAAUUACCCUAGACCGCGAGCAAUCCCUCGGGAGAAAGGUGGAUCCGCCCACGAAAUACGCCCAUAGAGACGGAGCCAAUCCGUCUCCGCAUCAACAUUACUUAUUUCCAAUAAAAUCUAUCCAAUACUAACCGUUAAUUUCAUCUUUAUUUAUAAAAUCAACAUUCAGUCCGGAAAUUAUUUAUAUCAUAUAAUUACUGCGUAUAAGAUUUCAUUGACGGGCACAUCGAUUUCGACCAAUGGGA